CUAUUUUACAUCGAUGUGAUUUCGUGUAGUUCAAGCGUUCCGACAUCUUACUGAUAAAAAUAUUUAAAUAACAACUGACAACUGUCACUCGAUUCGACAAAGGCGAUUUUCAUCUUGUCCAUUAAACGUUACGGUGGUGCAUGCAGAAUAAGGUUUUGCAAUUCACCUGUUGUAUUCUUAAUUACCAAAAUCUUAUCAGUUCAUUAUAAUCGUGCGCAUUUCCCAAUUAAUUAAAAUUUGCCAAUACCCGUUGCAUUUAAAUGUUAUUGCAUGAGUUGUGCAAGUUCGCAGAGCAUAAAUUUAUGAGAAGGAGGUUAUAUGAAAUGCAUUAGGAUAACUGUAUUAUCCAAGCAACUAUAAUAUAGAGAAGGGGAUAAUAAUUGGAGCAUGCAAGUUAAAUAGGUGUUCUACUUAAUAAUCAAACAUGCCAAAUCCUUCGGUAACAGUAUCGAAGAAAAGGGCAGAAGGCUCGAAUACCACUGCGAACAAUGCUGGACAAAGCGAAAGUUCAGAUUCAGUGGAGGUGGACAACUCUCGUAUAGUCCUGUUAAAAAUAGCGAUGCUCUAUGCGGAGCGUCUUAUGAAUGAUAUAUGUCUCGUUGUUAACGGUAUAGAGUAUCCAGCGCAUCGUCUUAUACUUUGUGCUUCUAGCGAUGUUUUCCAAGUAAUGUUAAUGAGUCCCCAAUGGAGUGAAUCUCAAGAAAGCAAGAUAACUCUCCAAGAAACUCCCCAGUGUGUACCUAUAUUUAGUGAGUUUUUACGAUACUUUUACACCGGCUACAUAAGAGUUAAUUACAACGUCGUCCUACCAAUAUUAUCUCUAGCUGAUAAGUAUAACGUUAAAGACUUGAUAUCACUGUGCCUUGAAUAUAUGCAAAACCAUAUCGCGUUAGCUGCCAUACAUAGUACCCUCGUGUCGUGGCUGCAGUACACUUCGAAUUGCGGUCAUUAUAAAAUUACACAAGCCUGUCAGAACUUCAUUAAAUGGAACUUCGAAUUAGUGGCCAAAACUACGGACUUCGGGAAUUUCGACUUGGAAACGUUAGUAUCAUUGUUACAUCAAAGUAGCUUAGUAAUAAAGGACGAAAUGACUUUAUACAAAUGCUUGGAAUCAUGGCUCGAUCACCAAGUAAACAGAUUAAAGACUCAGUUGUCGCAGGAGGAAUUGGAAGCGACGUUAGAGCAAUUAGUAGUGACCGUGAUGUCCCCCGUUAGGUUCCCGAUGAUGUCUCCUCGACAGUUAGCCGAAUUACUUUUAUAUUCCUUAACGAAGAAGUAUAAAGAGUUCUUCGUAGAACGCAUGUCCAUAGGAAUGUCAUUUCAUUCUGGCCAGGUAGACAGAGUCAGGGAAGUCAGUUUAAACGAGGAAGACGGCGCGUUACUGUUCGAACCGAGAUUGUACACCGUAGACACUUGUAGCUCGUUGGUGACGAUAGAGAAUUUUCAUAGUCUACCGUCUUAUCACACGAGCACGCUCGUAUUUUCAAGUCAUUCGUGUUUAGCCGAGUAUGCUGGCGAUCGUGCAUGCGAAUGGGUCGUUGACAUAUACCCGAAAGGUGUUUGGUUCAAAAAAUUUUUCCUUAUUGUCUGGCAAGGGACUGUGGAAAUGCCCGAACAUGUGAAACGUUCGGUCAGGUUGUCGCUCACGUGUAAGGAACCAACGGUAAAUAGCGAUGAGGACAAGGAAAUGCGAGUUAAAAUAGGUGUUCUGAUAUAUGGACUACAGGACGGGGUUGAGCAUAUUGCGAGGGUGACAGAGAUCAUUCAUAGGUUUAGCGACAGGGAGCGUGUCCUUAAUUUGGACGAUCUUCUACCGUUCGAAGAACUUAAUCCGCAACAGGGUUCAGUGCAGGAAAAUAGGUCACCGUUUCUAGUAGGUCCAAAUAAAGAUAUGCUUAAACUGCAUAUUGUAAUAUCACCAGCUAACUAGUGCAAUUAGAUCUCUCUUGUAUUAUGAAUUAAAUGAUGUACAUUACAGUUUUUAAACGCGUCUGAUAUGCGUUUACAAAAAGAUCGUUUUCGUUAUAUGAAAAUUUCGUUCUUAAUGUAUUCAAUGUACAUUUUACAGUUUUCCGCUCUUUCGGUAAACUGAUGACGUUAUUAAUAUUAGAUUAAUUAUAAGAUCAAAUUUUGUAUCUAGAACAUUAUAUGCGACGAAGAAUGUAAGAAAUUUUAGAACAUCUAAAUAUAUUAUGAAUUUUGAACGUA